AUGAGGCUUCAGAGGCUUCUGCUUGCAGUGCUGGUGCUCCCAAUCAGAAGCCAGAACUCUUCGAACACUUCGGAAGAGGAGCGGUUGCCAGCAGAGCUGCCACCCGUCGUCAGAGGUGUUCCAUGGGGGAAUGAGUCCCGAGUGCGAGUCCGCCCUUCGCAGCGGGAUCCACGGAUCGAGAAGUACUCCAGGCGCUUGCAGGAUGGCUGGGUGCCGCCGCACAUGAUUGAUCGCAUUCCACCGCCUCCGGUUCAGUACAUUCCGGGCACCGGUGCCGUCAUCGCACGGGUGUACAUCAUGUACGAGGUUAAGACGGACGACUGGCACUUCAUGAAAAUUCGGCUCAGCAACCGCUUGGCUGCCUUCUUGGGGGUGCAGUCUGUCUAUGUCGACCUGGAGCAGGUGGAACCGGUCCUCGUGGAGGAGCGAUGCGUCCCCGGAGUCCUUCUGUGUGAGGACCAGGUGACCAAUCGGUUGCUUCGAGCCCCCGGGGUCGGUGGUGCGAGUAUGUCACCAGACGGAAACUUCCCCGAAGGGGAUCUGCACAACUCUGACCCCAGGCGUUGCCUCGCCUUUGAUGCUGCCAAGCGGGAUGGCGUUCUCAGCGACGGCUUCGAUGCCAUCGCCGGCGCGACCUUUGACCCUCAAUGGAGAGAUGACGCGGAUCUGCUGGAGAAGGUUUGGGAGGACGACUUCUGCGUCUCCCAGUUCAACACCUCUCUCAUGCUUUUCCCUACCCCGGUCAACAAUACUUUCAUCACCGGCUGGCGCUACGACUCCAAGCGCAGUGGCACCGGCAACAUCCAGAUCGCUGGUAACCAGGAGCAGGGUGUCCCGUUGGAGCUGCACAUCGUCGGGGUCAUUCCGACAAAGUGGGCCCGCUACUUCAACGUCAAAUUUAUCCUGAACGGCAGCAUACCACUGCCGCUCUACCAGCCGGAGGUGGUCGAUGUCACGGCGGAAUUCACGGAGAACUUGAAUGUCAGCCUGGGCAUUUUCGGGAUCCGACAGAAGGAAGGCGGCUUGAAUGCGCCGACCCUGGGGGGUGCACUGCGUGUUUGA